GCGUCGAUGCCAUGACAAGCUUGCGUCCACUUUCCCUCUGAUUUAAGACUCGCUCUUACCUGUGUGGAGAUAAGGUCUUUUCAUUGAUCACUUCUUUCUUCAAGUCCCCUGAGGGGCCUUGGCUGACCCAGUAGAGUUAAAGAUGGUGCUCCUCACAGCUCUCUGCCUGAUCUCCGUUCUCCAGCUGCUCGCAGCUUUGGUUUCUUGCGACCAUAUCAAUUUCUACAAUGUCCGGCCCCCCGUGGAUGCAACUCCAUUCCCAAAGAGCUUCAAGUGUUUCACAUGUGAGCAGGCAUCUGACAACUACAACUGUAAUCGCUGGGCCGAGGACAAGUGGUGUCCACAAAACACACAGUACUGUAUGACGGUUCACCACUUCAGCCAUUACGGGAAGACCAAGUUCGUGACGAAGAGGUGUGCGGCGCGCGAGGAGUGUCACAUGUCAGGGUGCCGCCACCACAGGGACACGGGCCACACGGAGUGUAUUUCCUGUUGUGAGGGGAUGGUCUGUAACGUGGAGGUGCCCACCAACCGCACGAAUGCCGUGUUCGCCAUGCGGCUCCAGGUGCCCAGCUCUGCCGUGCCCGCCCCCAGAGUGGCCUGGACGACCCUGCUCUUGAUCGCCCCCGUCCUGAUCAGAGUGCUUCCUCUGUGACACCAGCACACACACACACACACACACACACACACCAGAAGUUAAACCCUCAGCAACAGAGAGGGCGGUUCCACCCAAAGAUGUGUAGGUGUCAGCAGACCAGGUCUCUGGUCAGAGGACUAGGCAUCCUGGUCGACUCGAGUCGGUUCCCCCAGGAUGGUGGACGACCUGGGUUGUCACAUUGCUGCAUCCACAAGCCUGAAAGACUGAAUGACCUGCACACGUGUGUGCACAUGCUUGGUUCCCAUGAGCACGGACAUCUCUAGUCACAGGAGAUUGUGUAUGCUGGUCUGAGAAGGAGCGAAUGUACAUGUACACACAUUGUGGACCAACAACGACCAAGGACAACAAGGAUUGAACCCCUGGACUUGGGUUGAGAUGAGCUCCUUCUGUUGCACUAGUGGUAUGAAAGGACCAAUCAGCUGGCUGCAUGCCUGCAAAGGACCAAUCAGCUGGCUGCAGUGUAAUCCCGAAGAGGAACCUCUAAGGUGCUGACUCAACUCAUUCUUUAUGACGGGAUGCUCUUACGUCGGGAACGUGUGAACUUGUUGACUUUGAGUCCAGGAACACUCAGCUUGAGCAGUAUGAGGGGACAGCAUUUGCAUGGCAACUGUUGAACUUUGAAGAUCGCCUCCAUCCACGGCACUAUUUUUGUUAUUCCUGAGGAACAACUCGAGCACUACUAAGAGUGUUAUGGCCAUUACACUAUGAGAGCGUAUUGGAGACAGCGGCGAGAUCAUCUGCUUAUCUGUUAGGCAGUUUGGCAUGUCAUCUCUUUUGCAAUCAGUAAUGAAGACAUUUUUAAAAAUGCAAUUAUUGAUGUCAAGAUGGCCUUUCACUAUAAUCAAAUUAAAAGGCUGAUAUCAAAUCUGGAGGACACAUAGUGGGUAUUCUUGUCAAAUCAGCAUUUAAUUCAAGAACAAUUUAUGAACCUGUGACAUUUCCACUGCACUCCUUUUGAUGCCACCCACAUUGUUAAAAGGCAUUACAGACAGGAAAUUAAGACAAUUUCACACUUAAGCAUGAGUCUGGUGAAAUAAGGCCAAAGUAAUAGGUCUCCUUGUGUAAGCGCCAGCAU